UUUAGAACUCAUUGACUUGAUUGCAUCCAAUGCCGAGCCGGCGCAGCGCCCCACCCAAACCAACCGUGCUCUCGAUGUCGUCCGAGGGCCUCGCUGGCAUCACGUUCACCGUCUCGGACAAGCGGCCAAAGUCUGCUCAUCAUCGCUCGAGUGCACGACAGCCCAAGGCACGAGACACCACGUCGCAAGGCAGCCCACUGCUGCGCAAAGCCGCAACGUCCGUCACGCCCACCAUGCUUACGAGCACAAGUACGAAGCCGCCGGGCGCCAACCUCCAGAAAGGCUCGUUUCGCAAAUCCACAGCGUGGUCCGAAAAGCACGACGCCACAUCGACAGCAAAGCCUCGUGUGCGCACAGACCCGAACCCACGCCACGGAUCCGUGUCGCCACCCAAGGACGCCUCACCGUCACCGCCACGCUACGUAGCUGCGGACGGAAAGCAGUCGCCGCCCCGGCGCGACGCCCACCGAACCGUGGCGCUGGUAGUGGACUCCAUGCAUACGGUCGCUGACAUUGAGCGGGUGUCUGGCGCCAAAUGGGAUGCGUCCCAUGGCUUUGUGCAUCACAAGCAGGCUGUCACGGGCGCGCCGCCUCUCUCUCCAAGGAAUACUAGGGGCAGCGUCGAAUCAUCCACCGACAGACGCUGUCAAAAUCCAGACACGUGGGUGCAGCCGAGUACGCGGAACAACAAGCGCGUGGUCGGCGUCGGGGCGCGGCACCAGCGGUCGAUGCAACAGACCAAAGUAAAUAGUGCUCGAGACAGCAGUGAUAGACCACCACAAGCGCGUUGGCUCUAACCAGUAAGAUUUGAAUAUGAUCGGUUGUGGGUAUUCGUC